AAGGUAUCUGGUAUAGUGUAAAUCCUUGGGACAUUUGAUCCAGAUCAUUAAAACUGAGUGAAGGAAGGGAGGAAUAGAUCAAGUUACCUUGCCGCUCUUAAUUCAAACAAGCGAUGAAUUAUUCAUUCCGCUAUUAAUUCUGCAGUCCUCCUGCUUUUUAUUUAUUUCUCCCCGUAUUUAUUUUUUUUCCCUCCCGGACGGACAGCUCUGGAGGGAUGCUCGGGCACCGGUGACGGGAGCGCUGCCCGUGCAGGGAGGAUGGGGCGCGGGGGCACGGGCUGCCUGGCGGUGCUGGCCCUGCUCUGCGGGGCGCUCGGGGUGGCCCCCAGCACAGGCAUCAAAUGCGGCGGGGUGCUCUCGGCACCCUCUGGCAACUUCUCCAGCCCCAACUUCCCGGGGCCGUACCCCUACGAGACAGAGUGCACAUGGCUGAUCGUGGUGGCCGAGGGCUCCUCUGUCCUGCUCUCCUUCAGCCACUUUGAGCUGGAGUACCAUGCCGCCUGCGCCUACGACUACCUCCAGGUCUACAACGGGGCUGCCCGCGACCGGGGCAACCUCCUGGGCACCUUCUGCGGCCACAGCGCCCCGCCGCCCUUCGCCUCCGCCUGGCACGUCAUGGCCGUCGUCUUCCGCUCCGACCGGCACGUGGCCAAACGCGGCUUCGCUGCCACCUACCGCAAAGAUGCCUGCGGUGGGCAGCUGAUGGGGCUGUCCGGGGAGAUCACCAGCCCACGGUACCCCGAGAGCUACCCCAAUGAUGCUGAGUGCCGCUGGAGCAUCGGGGGGGCUGGCGGCCCCAUCACCCUGGUCUUCGUCGACUUCCAGGUGGAGGGUGGCCAGGGCUGCGGCUUUGACUACGUGGCCCUCUUCGAUGGCCCCACCACCACCGCCCCCCGCCUGGGUCGCUACUGCGGCAGCGCCCGGCCACCCCGCACCGUCUCCUCCACCCAGCACCUCCUUGUCCUCUUCAAGUCGGACUUCAACAUCGUGGGAAGGGGCUUCAAGGCCCAUUUCUACUCAGGAGAGUGCCAGGAAGUCUACACUGCCAUCAAGGGGAAUUUCUCCAGCCCUCAGUACCCCAACUUCUAUCCCAACAACCUCCAGUGUCAGUGGAGCAUCCAGCUGCCCCCAGGCUACCGGAUCAAAAUCUUCUUCUUGGACCUGGAGCUGGAGGCCCGGAGCAGCCUGACCGGUGGCUGCGACUACGACCGCCUGUCUGCCUUCGACGGCGGUGCCGAGAACACCUCGCUGCUGGGGACGUGGUGUGGGCGCGACAGCCCGGCACCCGUCACCUCCCGUGGCCAUCAGCUGCUUUUGGUGUUCCGCACAGACCGCAGCACAGCCAAGAGGGGCUUCUCCCUUGCCUACGUUGGAGUUGUGCCCAUGAACGUCAGCUGCACGCGGACGGACUUCCAUAUCCAGAUCCCCGUGCAGGCCCUGGCCCAGCUGGAGAGGAAUAAGAUUUAUUUGGGGAUGCCCUCCUGUGCGGCCCACGUGGUCGGCUCGAACUUCAAGAUACACACCCGCUUCGACACCUGCGGCACCGAGUCCCAGAGACGAAACAACACCAACAUCAUCGUCAGCACACUCUACAUCGACUUCUCGGCAGGGGACCAGGAGGACGUCCACCGGUAUGAGGUGCAGUGCGAGCCGAAGAGGAAGGAAGCCGCGGUCACCCUCGUCGCCGGCCCCGGCCCGCACAGGCUGAGCCAGGUCGAAAACCUGGUGGAGGCCCAGCAGCGGGAGGCAGGAGGGGCAGACACCCGCGAGGCCAAGAGCCAGGACACCAGUGACAUCGUCUUCAUCAGCAUCUGCAUCCUGGCCGGGCUCCUCAUGGUCAUUGCCGUGGUUGGGCUCGUGCUGCUGUAGUGAACUCAUCCCUCCUCAGUUCUGAAAUGCUCCCCAAAAUCCUCCCUCGGCCCAGGCUUAGCGCUAACACAGCUGCUGAGACGGAGGCCCCGAAAUGGAGCCCGAGCCCAGCCUCCACCUCCUCGCCGUGCCUGAGGGAUCUGGGCAAUAGGCAGCCGCUUCCCUUCCCCAUCGGUUUUCCUCUGUCUCUCAAUCUGUCCAUUUGGCUCGGGAAUGCACUUCUCGUGCUCCGUAACUCUUCCCGCACCUGCUUCCAUUUAUUUUCCCUCUGGUGCCGCUACUUUCGGGAAAGUAACGUUGUUUGCCGAUGGCUGCAAAUAAUCCUGUCAAUUAUUUCUCGCUGAAUUCUUGAGCGUACAGACUACCCCCAAAUAUAGCAAUAUUUCCAACAAAUA